AGAAAAACACUGACAGGAUAUUGUAUCAUUCGAUGAACCCAAAACUUCUUUAGCUGCCAAAGUUUUGUUUUUAGGUUAUAGAAUAAAUAUCAAGUAAUAAAUAAAAUUACAUUAUGGGGCGAAAAAUACCUGGAAGGAAACAUCAUGGUGUAAGAGAUCCUGAAAAGCAGAGAGCACUUCGUUUGCAGUUGCAGAGAGUUAACGAAGCUCCAACAAAUGAAGAUUCACAGCCAAUUCCCAAUAGUUUGAGGAGGAUCGGAGAAUUGAUUGAAAAAGCUAAAAAUGGUCCCAAAAUUCAAAAUAAAGCUAUUAAAAAGGCAAAAAAUGAAAAGAAGCCGAAAAAACUGAUUGUUAUUAAAUCAAAAGUUGGAGAAAAUGAAAAAACUGUUCCAAAAUUCGAGCAGAAGAAGGGAGAAUCAGAUAAAGUAUUUCUGAAUAGAUGUCAUAAAAUGUGUGAGAAUGUUAUAAGAGAGGUGAAUUUCGAGAAUAAAUUUGGAGUUGAAGUUACAAGGAAUUCUGAAACAGGAAAGAUUGAGAACACUAUAAAUAAGAAAGUUGAAGACCCCCUCAAAAAAAUGAUAAAAGAUGCAAAAAAAGAAGCAAAGAAGAAACCUAAGAAGAAGAAAAAAGACGAUGGUAUUGUGAAACUGACGAAGGCUGAGAAGAAAAAACUGAAGUUGAAGAUGAAAAAGGAACAGAAAAAGGAGAAAUCAUUUCCAGAUUUUCAGAGGGACACGGUGAAAUUUGGAGAUGUUUAUCACGCACCUCCAGAGUUGCCCCUUCCUGCAAAAGUCGCGAAGAAAAAUGAAGCAGCUAGGCCUGGCCAGAAAAAUUUAUUGCUCAAAGCCAUAAUUAACGGUGAAGAAGUACCAAAUCAAUUGAAGAAACCUGUUCAGAAAAGUUUGAAUGCUACAAAGAAAGUGGGCCAAAAGAACAUAAAUAAAAAAGGAAAACGAAAAGACCUACCAGCUGGAGUUAGAAAGCAACUUGAGAUGCAGCAAAAGGAAAUAAUCGAAGCAUACAAAGCAGUCAAAGCGAACAAGCCUAAAAAUCAACUCAGAAAGUGAACACAGAUAUGCAAAUUCUUGGAAAGUGAAGCUUCUAGUCUACCGAACUGAAAAAACAAGAGAUUGAGGAGACAAUACAAUACAUCAGUUGUGAUGAAGAGAAAGCAGGUGGGUUCAUUGAAUUCAAGAAUCCAUUUAGAAAUAAGUAUAAGUGCUUAUUUAUACAAGAUAUUUCAUUUAACUUUUUAUUUUUCAAGUUAGAAUUGUUACUCUCCGUUAUGAUUUCUUGGAAUUUAUAAUUUUGUAAUGUUUUUAGUUCGAAUAAACUAUUUUGUUGAAGUA